AUCCUUUAACGCAUUAGAGUUGUAGCCCUUAGUGGGCCCAAGGCUAAACAUUAAAAUCUCAUAGAUUCCAAUUUUUUUAGUUCUCAACACUUUUCGAAAAAUUUCGAAAAUUCAAAUUAAAUAAACACUUUCCAAAACGUAUUUGACAUAUACAUAAAUAUGUAAAUAAGUAAAAUAAAAAUAGUUUAAUGAAAUUUUUGUGGAAUAAAAGGCGAAAAUUCCAAACAAAAUUCUAAAUUCUAAGUAGAAUGGUGGAAAAUUACUCCAAUACAGGAAGCUCAAGGCGGAGUUUCCGAAACAACAGCAGUCAGCGAGGCUUUGAUUGUAGGCCUCAGUUCCAACAGCAAAAGUCAGGAUCGCUACGAAACAGCUGUGAACCCUCCACAUCAGCGGCCGCGGCGGCCGUACGUGGGAACUACGACAACUGCGGCUGUCCGACCCGAAAGCUAUCAACCUCAGCCUCCUCAUCGCCGACACGUUUCAAUGCAAGCACAAUGCCGAAAAUGUGCUCGAACGACUUGAACACCGGCGCUGGCAUGCUAUCAUCAACGCCACAGGCCGCAUACGGGAUGUCUCGCAAUAGCUGUGGCCAUUCGGCUGCAUCGCUGGUACAGGAUUCUUGCAACAAUCUGAGCAAAGCUUCAACUGCAUCUUGUUGUUGCUGUUGCCCACAUUGUGGCAAACCGCAGGAUCCAACGCAAACAACAGCAACCACAACAACAACAUGUCCGCCACCCAAGCCCUCACUGCCAUGCAGGCCGAAGCCGCAACCGCUGAAGGAGGAGACGCCAUCACCCGAGGUGGAGUUCAAGUGUCGCAUGCGAAAAUUGCAGUUGGAAAAUUUGGUUAAGGAUCAAUACUGCCCAGGUGCCAUACAGAGUACAAUUGAUUGUGAGCAGGACUUCAAUGAAGCGUCCAUUCGUCUGGUAUUCGGUUGUGAUCCAUUGCCUUGCACGCUCCCAACCGUGGAGCCUAUCUCACUUUUGGAAGCGUUUGCAAUGCGUGUUGAAUUGGAGCGUUGCCUACUCGACGAGGAUACGAACUAUGCCGAGCAGAGAAGGUCAUCACGACGUGGUUCAAACGAGUUGGACGAAGUGGACGAAUAUUUCAGUAAAAAGUACAAGACGGCUCUCAACGAAGCGCUGGCGAGUUUCUUGAAGGCGGAGAGGUGCUACUAUUUGGAGAAUCCAAAUAUGAAUGCUCUCAGCAUGAAUGCGCAAAUCAAUAAGACCUAUACAUGCCUGCCAAGCAGCUCUUUCAAAAUUACUGCCUACACAGGGAAUACGAGACCAAAUAUGCAGUAGAUUGUUAUCGUUUUAUUUUUUGUAUUAAUUAGAAAUGUGUAUCUAUUAUAGAAACUUUUAAUUUGUUAUAAAAAUUUUAUGUAUAAAAUAAUAAAUUGCGUGAGCAACACGUAUUUGAAAAUCGA